AAUGCAUUGGCUUUUGUUUCUCCUCCUUUCACUUAGGAUUUUGGAAAUCGUCUGCUUUUUCAGGAGUCUUAUAAACCAAUUAUUGGGCGAAUCACCAGUGUAGUAAUUUAGAAUUAUUAUAAACCGCGUAAGUUAGAUGUCAAUGAUGGUUAUUGUAUUGUAGAAGCAAUUUAAUAUCUACUAUCUUGUUACUUCACCAGUGUUACGCAGCUAUGUCAGAUUCAGAUUCAACUUUACCAGCCACAGACGACUUUGGGUCAAGGUUCUUAGAAUUUGAUGAAUACUCUUUCGAGCAGACUGAUAAUACAGAAAGUGAUGCUUUUUCUGCGUUUCUACAUCAAUUUCGCCCCGUUGCCGAACGAAAGGUUUGUUUCUCGAUGAGCGGUUGCUUGCAACAAAUAGUGGACGUAAGAAAUACAUAAACCUUGCUCUUGAAGAUGACCAGGAUUCUAAUACCAGUGACAAUUUGAAGGCCGGGGCUAGCUCUGGCAACAAUUCUGAAGAUGAUGAAAUGGAAUAUAAACCUCCAAAGUUGUUAACUGCACGACAGAUAAGUUUACAAUCACAGAAAACUGCUGUUCCAACUGAUAUUAAGAACAUGAAGCAGUCUACAGCUCAUUCCAGACUAAUUAGUCUAGAAUCCUUGAAUUCAACUAAACCAACUCCAACUUUAACACUGGAACAAAUUGCCGUCCGGCAAAAAGAAUAGCUCACCGCAGAGAAUCAGCUAAGCACAAAGCGGAAAUGGAAAAGCUCCAAACAGUGGAACGUUUGCUCAAGGUAAGUUACCGUAUCCACAAGGUCCAAAAUGUCAGUCACCGAAACUAACGGAAUGGAUGCAAAUUUUACUUUUUUUCACAGUAAUCUAUGGUUCAUUUCGAGUGCAUGGGUAAGCUUCUGCACUUGAACGACUUGUGUAGUCUACUGAUUAUUAGAUCCAGUUUGUGACAUUUGUUUCUCAGGGGCGUUCCGGUUAUUCUGAUCCACACUAAAAGUAUAUAAUAAACUAACUAGAAGUUAUCAAGAUAUAUUACUUAUUAUCACAUAUCCUCAAACCAUACGUAUCAUAGUAGUGAGUUUCUGCGGGUGUGUUAUGUUAAUUUUGUUUUCACGGUUGAAUAGUGAUACUUGGGCAUAAGACAUUUCGGACGAAUUAACCGAAGUAUGGAUUUUCUUUUUAGAUUAAUGCAAUGUUAUUGGGCGACGUGGUCGAGGUAGAGGUAGAGGUCUUCGGAAUAAUGGUUUGGCACACUGUGAUCAGAUCUCAUCUCAAACGCGUUCACAGUUUGGUGUUUUAAAGUAUGAGGGGAUUUAGUUGAAAAGGAGUAUCUCAAUGACACGCAUGCUUCAUUACGACCCAGUGAAGGUAAUUGCAUGAAUACCGAUUUUGUGGACAAUGCUUAUGAAAAUACGAAAUUGUCUGAUAAUAACAUGUCUGCUAGUUUGCCAAAUGUUCAAUCAUAUAAUCCCAAACCAGGAUACAUCCGCUUUGUAUCUUCAUCUCGUUUAUCAACACAAACAGUCAUCUGUUUACCUGAGACAGAUAAUAAUAGUGACAAGGAUAUUUAUUUGCACACAAAUGUUUGCAUACAAAAAGUCGAAGCUCCUGAAAUACCUAAAUCACGUCUAUGCGACAUGGGUUGCGGUUGUGCUAGGCGCUAUGAAUGUGCUAAAACAGGCCGCUCCUUAUGUAGUUUAUCUUGUUAUAAAGCUAAUUUGUCAGGAUUCCCAUUAACUAUCUCAACUUAAAUUGUAGCAUUUAGACUUGUACAAUGAAUUUGAAUGAAUCUUGGUUUCUAGUAAAAAUAUAUCAUAAUAAAGUAUGUUACAUAUUGCUUAUCCGCGGUACUAUUGUAUCUACUUAGAAAUUAUCAAGAUGUACCUAUUAAGAAACGCCUUAGAUGUUGCUUAGAUGGUUAUUUUUAGAUAAAUACAUGUUAAGGUCUAUGCACUUCCUGGAAAC